GGCUAGUAUUUUAAUCGGGCGCGAGUACGUGCGCGUACACGUCUAUUCUUUGUGUGGCAGAGUAGAGAGGCCAAAUAGAGUAACCAUGGCUGACGAGAAACCCAAGGAGGGAGUAAAAACAGAAAACAACGACCACAUAAAUUUGAAGGUUGCUGGGCAAGACGGCUCUGUAGUGCAGUUCAAGAUCAAGAGGCACACGCCGCUCAGCAAACUCAUGAAGGCGUACUGUGAGAGACAGGGGUUGACGAUGAGGCAAAUCCGGUUCCGGUUUGAUGGACAACCAAUAAACGAGACUGACACACCAGCACAGUUGGAAAUGGAGGAUGAGGAUACAAUCGAUGUUUUCCAGCAACAGACAGGGGGUCUAUACUAAUGUGUGAACGACCCCCCACAUCAUCUUCCCCUUUCUCCAACCCCAAGACUCCUUUGCAUUUUGUUCCAUUUCCCCCCACAAAAAUCAAUACCAUGCGCAAGAUUUCCUGCUCACAGUUAUACGUAACUGCUGUUGUAUAGUGUUUUCAUUCUUGCCUUUGUUUCCUUCCUGUUUUGUACAUAAACAAGCUAAGAGAACUCUGAUGUUAGUUCCAUUCAUAUGAGGGUGCUGUGACAGUAAACGGCAAGAUCCAACUCAUAAAAAGUCCAAUGUUUGGGGGACUGGUUGGUUUUCACUUAGAUAUCUAUUUUCUGCCUCGUUUACUCUGAGAAUGAGACUGGAUUUUUAUUCAACUUAAUUUUCUGUUAUCCGCUCCAGAAAAUUGGUUUUAUAUCGUUUUUAUAUAUAUAUAUAUACAUAUAUAUAAAAUAGUGAUUGUGUAGAAUUAAACAGUUUGACUAGUCCAUGCUUCAAAUAAGGAAACCCUGAAGAGAUGUAUCAGUCCAGGUAAACAUCUGUAUUGUCUCAAAUGUAUUGUUAAAAUAAAGUUAUUCUCUUUUUAAUCA